GCGCCCUCCUCCUCCUCCACCUCCCCCGUCGCAAUCGUCUGCAUCGGCAUGGCCGGCUCCGGCAAAACCACCUUCAUGCAACGCCUCAUCUCGCACCUAUACACGCACCCAGACCCAUGCUCGCCCCAACCCACGCACCCCAUAAGACCGGCCUCGCAGACGCCUCCACCGCCCUACAUACUCAACCUCGACCCGGCCGUGCACCACAUCCCCUUCACGCCCAACAUUGACAUCCGCGACUCGGUCAACUACAAGGAGGUGAUGCGGCAGUUCAACCUGGGCCCCAACGGCGGCAUCCUGACGAGCUUGAAUCUGUUUAGUACGAAGAUCGAUCAGGUAAUUGGGUUGUUGGAGAAGAGGACGGCGCCGCCGCCGCCAGCACCGCAUGCCGCUCCUGCAGCAGAACCCUCCUCCUCCUCUUCCUCUACCUCUACUCCUGCACAAAGCACCCUCGAAUACCUAACCAGCGAAGGCAAACCCCCCUGCACCACUACUGCGCCCAAACCCCCUCAACAGGUCAAACACAUCCUCAUCGACACGCCCGGCCAAAUCGAAGUCUUCGUCUGGUCCGCCUCGGGCGAGAUCCUCCUGUCCAGCCUCGCCAGCACCUUCCCCACCGUCAUCGCCUACAUCAUCGACACGCCCCGCACCUCCAGCACCUCGACCUUCAUGUCCAACAUGCUCUACGCCUGCUCCAUCCUCUACAAGACCAAACUGCCCAUGAUCCUCGUCUUCAACAAGACGGACGUCCAGGACGCCGAGUUCGCCAAGCAGUGGAUGACAGACUUUGAGGCGUUCCAGGCUGCAUUGAGGGAUGAGGAGGAGGGCGGCCAGUUUGGCGGCGAAGGUUUGACGGCGGGAAGCGGGUACAUGGGCAGUCUGCUCAAUAGCAUGUCGCUCGUCCUCGACGAGUUUUACAAACACCUCAGUGUCGUGGGCGUCAGCGCCAUGACGGGCGAGGGCAUGGACGAGUUUUUCCGGGGCGUGCAGGAGAAGAAGGACGAGUUUGAGCGCGACUACAGGCCCGAGCUCGAGCGGCGCAGGGCCGAGCGGGAGAGGGAGAAGGUAGCUGCGCGAGAGAGGGAGUUGGAUAAGUUGAUGAGGGACAUGAAGAUGGGUGGUGGUGGACCGGGCGGCAAGAAACCCUCCCCCAAGAAGAAGAAGGUCGAGCCCGAGACGGUCAGCGAUGUGGAAGACGAAGAUCAGGAGGUCAUGGCCGUGGAGGAAGAGUUUGAUUCGGAAGAUGACUACGACGACGGCGAGACUCAGGACGCGGGGUUGGAGAGCAGGUAUCAGCAGGCGCUACAGGACAGCCGGGGAGGCGGAGAGGGGCCGUCGGAUCAGGACUUCAGUUUUGCAAGGUACAUGCAC